AUGGCACUUGCGCUUACCUUAGAUGACAAGGUGGCAUUAUAUCAGAAUUGUACGAUUUUCGAUAAAUCGGAUAUAUAUGGCGGUCCAGUAUGCGGCGACAACGGCGUGACAUACGCUAAUAGCUUUUAUUUAGAUUGUAAAAAUUACCAUAGCCGCGAAAUCGUUGCCACUUUACACUCUGGCCCGUGCUUGGGAAACGAAGAAUAUUGUAACGUCAAUCUGUAUUAUAAUCCAGUUUGCGGUUCGGACCAUAAGAUUUACUCUAAUAUGCAAUCUUUGCUGUGCGUUCGUCAAAAGCAAUUCAGAGAUUUAACAGCUGCGCCAAUGACAGAUUGUCCACAGAACGAUCCCUGUUAUCGAGGUGGAACCGAACAUUACGGGAUAAAUCCGAUCUGCGCUAAUAACGGGCUCACUUAUCAAAACGCGGCUCAGCUCAAGUGCAUGCAACGAUAUAAUUCCGGAUUGAAAAUUAUUCACGACGGUGGUUGUCGUGUGGAAUUUGUUCAUCAGCUUUAUGGUACAGCGGUUUGUGGCAUCGCGAAAGCGAGAUACGAAUGGAAUCCGGUCUGCGCAUCCGACGGAAUCACUUAUCCGAAUCCUUUCGUCUUUCUUUGCUACCGCCCACACCUGAACGUAAUUUUGAACGGAGAGUGCGAUACACACAGCCACGAAUCCUGCAUAGAGGCACACACAAAUACAACGGUAUUGCCAAAUGGUGAAUACGCGAACGACGACUUCACCGCGGACGACGAGGUUUGCGGGAACGACGGUCGCACGUAUCAGAGUAUACAUCACUUGCAAUGCCAUACUCGUCACGAUAAAUACGUAUUUUUGAAGCAUCACGGAUCAUGUUCCGGACCGGAUGAUCAUCCUUGCGGUUCGGUACCGGAAGAAGAGCACAGACAAUCGGUGUGUGGCACCGACGGUAGAUCCUAUGUGAGUCCAGAAGCCCUUUGGUGCGCCAAAUUACGCUCUCCUGAAAAAGAAAAAUGCGCGACUCGUCUCGCCAGAUCCGGCGUUGCGAUUAACGAUGAGAACAGAUUUUCUCACGAGGCCCUGACACGUUCCCUUAGUGGCCGAGCAGCCUUAUUUUCUCGCGUAUAUAUGGAAUAUGGAGAAUGGGUCGAGGAAGAUUGCGCGUGA